UGUACGUCGGCCCAAGCGAGUGUUUUCAGAGAGGGCUGUGUUUUGGCGAAGCCGGAAAUGGAUAGAGUGAAACCUCUUGCGUCAUGAGGACACUCAUGACAACAAGUAUGGCUGCCUCCUGCUCGUUAGUGUGUUGUGGAGAGGAGAGAGAUUCCAAUAAAGCUGUGAUUGUCCGCUUUUCAAACGGAAACGUCAACAAUGCAAACAAUUUGGAUAUCACGAUGUACAAAAACACAGAUGAAAACAACCCCAGGAAAAAGAGCCGACGGAUAGUGGUUGCUGAAUCAGACAGACUGUCCUAUGUUGGAAAUAAUUUCGGAGUAGGGUCCAUGAAAUGCAACAACCUUUGCAAAUAUUAUGUAGGAGUGUUGAACAAGCAGACCAUGCAGAUGGAGGUGCACAGUGCUCAGCUGUUCAACAUGCAGCCUGUCAUACCAGGAGAGGAAACAGAGACGGCCACUGCUCUGGAUACGACAGAGACCUACAGAGACAAGGCAGGCUCUUUGAUUGAGGCGUUUGGCACCAACAAACAGAAGCGAGCCCUGAGCUCCCGAAGGCUGAACCAGGUGGGCAGCGACACGCUGAAUCAAGCCGUGGCUAAAGCUGCCAGCAGCGUGAUCGAUCAGAAGGGCCUGGAAGCUCUACAACAGGAAGUGGCUGACUCCCAGGGAGACAUCGCGCUCCACCUCCCACCCUGCUCUAAAGAAGCUGACAGAGCUGAGAACGUCUACCUCUUCGAUGAUCUCCUGAGUCCAGCAGAGUUUGAAGCUUUGGAACAGGGUGGAUCCAAGAUGGCAGCACUCACCUCAGAGGAGCUGAAGAAGAUGAGGGAUGAAGGAGGGUGCUUAAGUGUUUUGAAGUUCCUGGAGAACCUGCCGGCUGCGGAUGAAGCCAGAGAUAAAACGGCCCGCUGCGCCUUCUACCUCUCUCUGCUCCUCAAACUGGCACGGCUAAGAAACAUCACGCGCAAGUUUGGCCAGGAGGACGGCUGCCCUCGCAUCAUUCAGGGCAAACUGUUCAGAACGUUCACAGCGGAGAGUUUCAAAGACGGCAGGAUCCACAACAUGGUGUCUUCAUCAAUGAAGGUCAAAUUAGCAGCCUUUUCUCUCACCCUGCUGCUGCAUAUGGGGCACAUGACCGCCGACCUCACAUUACUGCACCGGGACCUGGGAGUCACCGAGGCGAGGAUGAUUGAAGUAGCAAAGUCAAUGGGCCUGACUCUAUCAAAGCCGGCCCGGGGGAAGGCGGCGGAGGACGCCGGGCAGCCUGACCAACACAGACACGCCUCUCUGGUUCUACCUCUGGUCAAGUAUGAUCAGUUCAUGGAGAGACGCAAACGCAAGAAAAUGCGCUGAAGAUAACAUCGGACUGAGAGUGGUGGAACAUGCCAUAAAUAAGGAUUGUUUAUUAAAGCAUUUUGUAGACAAAUAAAGUGGUGACCUUUUGUUUUAAUGAAUGCUUGCUGUGCAGGGUACAAAAAAAAAGAAGCAGAGAAAACGUCAAAACAA